AUGCUUUCGUGGACAGUAUUGCUCGCCGCGCGGAAUGUGAGUAUCCCAUUUUGGAUCCUGGGCUUCAUUGCUACAUCUGUAGUCGCUUAUUAUUGCUCUCCCAGAUGCGAGGUUGAUCACCGCCACACCACAAAUGGACCAGACGGACCACCAGUAUCAACAAUAUCAACAGUUCAAAAAUCUCCUUCGCCGACACAGGAGACUGUAACAGCGACCCCACCCCUGACAACUGACCCGGUGGGGCCGAUGCGACGAGAGGUCGAAGAUGAUGUCUGCUACUCCAAGGGUGGCCCUGCUGAUGCUACAGGAAACCGGUUAACAAGGCAUGUCAAUGUUCUUAAACAAUCUCGUUCUUCUAAAAUGGAAGCUAUGCACAAGAGGGCCAUAUCUGGAGCUAAUACCCACGCUUUGAUCGAGUCUCUCAAAGGUGUGAAUCCACAUCCAAAGCUGCAGAACAGCUUGGCCCGUGAGAAUAAACCGAGGCAACAGGAAAUAGGAGCAAAGCCCAUGGAACUCAAGCAAACUGCUGAUGGUCUCUGUGGGCCAAAAAAUGGUAAUACAAUUUGCGGAGCCUGGCCUGGAGGAAGCUGUUGUUCCCCAUAUGGAUUCUGUGGAAGCUCCUCGUCCCAUUGUGGUCCUGGUUGUCAGUCAGGGGACUGUGAGCAACAGAAUCUUUUCGAAACACUUAGUCCCAUUACAUAUCAGCCAGGCACAGUACGCGGGAACUUUCGACUGGUUGGUCAGUCUGGGGUUCCUGCAAUGUCCGCAGCUCUUAUGAGUAACGGGCGAGUGGUAUUCGUCGACAAGGUCGAAAAUUAUACACAGCUGGUGCUACCCAAUGGCCAGUAUGCGUAUUCAUCUGAAUAUGACCCAGAAACAAACGAGGUGGUGCCUCUAAGUUAUAAGACAAACGCCUUUUGCUCUGGUGGAGCAUUUCUGAUGGACGGGCGGCUGGUUAACAUUGGUGGGAACUCGCCGUUGGCAAUGGAUCUUACGGUUGGUGACGGGUUCCGAGCAAUCCGAUACCUAACACGACCGCUGGACAGUAACACGAUGGAUGGAGCCUCAUGGGAGGAGCCUGGCAACCAGCUUUCGACGAACAGAUGGUAUGCAAGUGCUCAGAUUCUUCGUGACGGCUCGCUCUUCGUUGCUUCCGGUAGUCUCAAUGGACUCAACCCAUCCGUAAUCGCAAAUAACAACCCGACGUACGAAUCACUCGAUAAGAAUGGGGUUUCUGAUGGUAAAAGCGUCAUAUUUCCUAUCCUCGAGCGAAACCAACCUUACUUCAUGUACCCAUUUCUCCAUCUUUUAAAGGAUGGUACUGUUUUCGUGUUUGUGUCGCGGUCGGCAGAGAUUUUCGAUGCAUUUGCUCGAAAGACAGUUAAAACACUGCCUGACUUGCCAGGUGAUUACCGUACGUAUCCAAACACCGGAGGAAGUGUUCUUCUUCCUCUUAGCGCCAAAAAAGGAUGGGAACCUGAAGUUGUAAUAUGCGGUGGGGGAGCAUUUGUCGAGAUAGAUAGCCCAACCGAUCCAAGUUGUGGACGUAUUAAACCCCUCUCGCCAGAUCCAGAGUGGGAGAUGGAGCUGAUGCCCGCAGGUAGAGUAAUGGUGGAAGGAAUGAUGCUUCCUGAUGGCAUGAUACUUUGGGUUAAUGGUUGCAACCGUGGUUCGCAAGGAUUUGGCAUCGCCAAAGACCCAACUUUUGAUGCCUGGGUCUACGACCCAGAAGCUCCUUCAGGCCAUCGGUGGGGUAUCGGGGGAAAGUCUGAAAUCCCACGGAUGUACCACUCUGUUGCACUUCUUUUGCUGGAUGGCUCAGUUAUGAUUGCAGGAUCAAACCCCGUGGAACAACCUAUUCUGGUAGCCAACCCGGAUAUUGAGGAGCAAGCAUACGUGACCGAGUUCCGAGUAGAGAUAUACACGCCACACUAUCUUCUGGAAGAAAAUGGUAAAAAUCGGCCAUCUGGUGUCGUCUUGUCUAAUAAGCGUCUACCGGCAAAUGGCAAACAGUUCACGGUAGAAUUCAGGGCCCAUGGGGAAGCUCAAGAUGUGCGUGUUGUGCUCUAUCAUGGCGGGUUCGUAACCCACUCUUUGCAUAUGGGACAUCGGAUGUUAUAUCUGGAACACGAAGGAUUUCGACCUGGUCGCAAGAAGCAGAGAAUUCAGGCUAAGAUGCCUCCGGAUAGCAAUAUUGCGCCGCCUGGGCCGUACGUGGUGUAUAUCGUGGUUGAUGGGAUCCCCAGCGUUGGGCAGUUUCUUAUGGUCGAAGUUGAUUAA